AUGUCUACCACCGAGCGGACUUUCAUUGCUAUCAAGCCCGAUGGCGUCCAACGCGGCCUCGUUGGCGCUAUCAUUUCUCGCUUUGAGACACGCGGCUUCAAGCUCGUCGCCCUGAAGCUCGUCACCCCUGGCAAGGAGCACCUCGAGAAGCACUACUCCGACCUCUCCUCCAAGCCUUUCUUCAAGGACCUGGUCAACUACAUGAACAGCGGCCCGAUUGUUGCCAUGGUCUGGGAGGGUCUUGAUGCCGUCAAGACUGGCCGCGCCAUGCUCGGUGCCACCAACCCCCUUUCCUCGGCCCCCGGCACGAUCCGUGGCGACUACUGCCUCCAGAUGGGCCGCAACGUCUGCCACGGCUCCGAUAGCGUCGAGAGCGCCAACAAGGAGAUUGCUUUGUGGUUCAAGGAUGAGGAUCUCAUCAGCUGGGAGUCUGCCCAGAAGUCUUGGAUCUACGAGUAA